ACGUAGGCUGGGACAGAACACCAACUUAGACUGAUAUCUUGCCUGAUUUCACCUUCAUCUGCCCAUGUACAGGAUCUCACUAAUUCUAAUCUGUAUUUUCUCAUUUACAGUGCUCGCUGCCCCUAUGCUGAUAGCAAAUUCUCCAAGUUGUAACAACAUUGUGGUUAGCUGGAAUGCUGUAAAUAUGGCUGUGGGAUUCUCUGUCUCGAUCAUAAGAUCAGAUGGUUUGGGCAACAUGUUAAAAGAAAAUACCACCAACAACUCCCUGACAUUUUCCAGUUUAGAUCCAGGAACUCUCUAUACCAUCAAGGUAUACGCAUGGGAUAUUAAUGGGAUACCUGGAGAUGAUUUUACCUACAAUCAAAGAACAAGGCCUCAUGCGCCAGGAGAUGUUCAAGUGGUCUUUGACAGUGGAUCUUUGGGAGCACUGGUUUCCUAUAUGCCGACAGAAGGCGCUUCAAGUUACAAUACUGCAGCCUAUAGCAACACUUCCAAACGAAACUGUAGUUCAAUUUCCACUUCCUGCACAAUCUCAUCAUUGGAGUGUGGGGCUGAGUAUUCCUUGGCAGUUGUAGCAAGCAACGAAGCUGGUUCUAGCACACCCACAGAGGCUGUGAUUUUCAAAACUGCCCCUUGUGCUCCGGAAUGUAUAACCAUUGAAGAGAAGGAACCAGGCAGUUUGGCUGUAUCGUGGUCAGAUGUUGACCUGAGUGAUUAUUAUGUGGCUUUUGUGAAAAGUGAUGAUGGCUUGGAGGUGCACUGCAACACAUCAUGUACCCAGUGCCUUUUCCAAUCAGAUUGUGGCUUCACCUAUUUCAUUAGUGUCUUUGCCUAUAACAAGGCUGGGCAGAGCCCUUUAGGUGACAUAUUUAAUUAUACUACAGCACCUUGUUGUCCUAGUAAUUUUAGCCCGGUGUUUGUGUCUAGUGACACCGUUCAAAUUAUCUGGUCUCCUGUCCGUGGUGCUGAAAUGUAUGAAAGCAAAGCUGUCACCCUGACCAGUGAGUUACUAUGCCAUGAUACUGCCACAACAUGUACCUUCUCUGCCCUUGAAUGCAACACUCUGUACACUAUCACAGUCUAUUCAUUCAGUGAAAUCAGAGGCAGCAAUAUGUCAUGUGAACCUAAACAAGUGACAACAGCUCCGUGUAGUCCAGAAAUAUUAAACAUCUCAAAGGAUGCUCUUUCUAUAAGUGUGCAUUGGCAUGCCACUAGCAAUGGAGCAAUGUAUACUGUCACUGUAAAAGGAGAAUCAGGAAAGUGGUAUUGCACAAGUUCUGGAAAUUCAUGCUCUAUUCAUAACCUUCCAUGUGGGUCACAGUUUUCUAUCAAUGCUGUAGCAAGUACAAAAGCAGGAUACAGCUUGCCUAGUUACAGUGUUCCAUUAGAGACAGAUCCUUGCUGCCCAGCUGAUCUUUCAGUAAGUCAAGUGACACAAUCUGUAACAAACAUCAGCUGGUCUUCUGGGACUGGUGCAAAGACAUACGUAGCCAUUUUGGAAUCAGACCAAAGACAAGCCUGGUGUCACACUCUCCAGACCUCUUGUCUCCUGGGAUGCAUUACUUGUGGAACUAACUAUACUGUAACUGUAAAAGCAGUUAGUGAAACAGGCUUGGUCUCUGACUGCAUAUACAAAGGAUUUUCGUCUAGUGCUUGCUGCCCAUCUGGGGUUAAAUUAUACAGGCUGGGCAGCAACAGCAUACGAGUAUAUUGGCACAGUUUGAAAGAAUCAAUAAAUUACAGCACAGAUCUGUAUGGCUCAAAGAGAAAUUUCACCUGUAUAUCCACCGGAGCCCUGACAUACUGUGACAUCACUGAGAUACCCUGUGGGGAUGUCUAUAUGGUGGCAGUGUCACCUCUAAUUGAUCACAAUAGAGCAAAGCUUGCAUUUUGUCCUAAGAAAAUGUAUUCAGUGACAUGUUCUGGAAACUCAGUAGGAAUGGUGAUCUAUAGAGGAAGAAGUGCAGAUCAGCAUCAGGUGCUGCGCGAAAAAACUGAAACGAUCCCGUAAGAAUAUUUUAAACUGUCUUUGAACUGAAUGUAAUGCUCUUUAUGCCUUUUCAUUCUAUAUCCACCUUACCACUGUACUUUUUUUGGUCAGUUGUUUCAAUAAAUGUGUACCAUAUAAUAUAUCUGAGUCAGAAAAGAUGCUAUUAUGAAAUUCCACCAUGUAAUUGUUAUUGCAUAUUUAUUUCCCUUCCCCAGUGUGAACCAUUAUGGAGAAUUUAACAUUAUAAAAUAUCAUUUUCCUGUGUUUCUUUGAGGAUGACAUGCAAGUUAUUCUCACUAUAUAAAGAUUAGUGUUAAUAACUGAAUAAGUAUUAUAAAUGUACUAAAGUGAUAAAAUUAGUUCUGCAUUCUAUUAUAAAACCACUGAGCCAAUUGGCUUGUUAGUAGUUUCGCUCAUAGACUAGAAGGUCUACUCUUUACACAAUGAACUGCAAUUUCUAUUGUUUAUGCAAGCCCAGGCUGACUUGUUUUUCACAAUGAACUGGUGAUAACCACAAAUAAAUUAAUCCAGUCUUUAUUCCAGAUAUUUCUUAUACAGGCCACUAGAACAAAUCUACCAAACAGAUAUGAACUUUUGUGAUAUAUCUUUCAGUUCGGCAUUUUUGACAUUAUCUCACAGGUAAUAAAAUGUUUUAAAAUUUAGUUCUUGUUGUUAGAGAAAAGUUCUUUAGCUCAAGCAAUGAUCACAAAUCUUUGAUUAAAAAACAUUAUGCAUUACGAAAAGAACACUAUGAAGAUGCUUUAUUUUAAAUGUCUCAUUUAUAUAAAAAAAAGAUCUGACAGUCUGAAACUUAAGUCUGCUAUUUGACCUUAUUUUGCCAUCCUGCCUCCCUCAAUACAUCUUUGUUUAUUUCAUGAAUAACAGGGCAAGGGCAUAAAAUGACAAAUGAAAAACGUAAGGUAAUUUGUAUCGAAAGAAUCUUUACAUGAACACAAUAAACACUAGC